AUGAAUAUAACUCAUAACGAAGAAAUGCUUAUUUUGGUGCCUGUUGAUUCAUCGAUUAAUAUUUGGAAAUGGAGAAAGAAUAUUCGUCUUCAUACAAUAAGAGGUAUUAAGCCGUCAAUCGUUAGAAUCUCAAUAACGGAAGAUGAUAAAUUCAUUUUAGGAUAUACCCGUGAUGGGAAGAUUCGAUUUUCCAGCUUAGAGACUUUCAAUCAAAUAUGUUGGUACAAGUUUGAGAGCAUGGUUAAUGCGAGCUUUGUUAGCGGAUAA